UCACGGAAGAGAGGCACAGAAAAGUGAACAUCGUUUGGACAACGUGAGUUUACAGAGCUGUGAGAUCUUCUUCCACACAGUCGUUUAGUCAAAUAAAGUCACCACCAGUCUGAAAGUAAUAACAGGCUUCAACACAACACGGAUAAUACCACAAUAAAAGAGCUCUCAUCAUGGCUUUGAAUAAAUCCAUGCACCCCCGAAACCGCUACAAAGACAAACCUCCGGACUUCGCUUACCUGGCGUCCAAAUACCCAGACUUCCAGCAGCACGUGCACACCAGCCUGGCAGGCAGACCUGUUGUGAACUUCAAAGAGCCGGAGGCGGUGAGAGCGCUGACCUGCACCCUGCUGAAGGAGGACUUUGGUUUGUCCAUCGAGAUUCCUCUGGAGCGCCUCAUCCCCACCGUGCCCCUCCGCCUCAACUACAUCCACUGGGUGGAGGACCUCAUCGACGGCCAGAAGCAGCCGCGCAGAGGCAUCGACAUCGGCACUGGUGCGUCCUGUAUCUACCCCUUACUGGGAGCCACCAUGAACGGCUGGUACUUUCUGGCCACGGAGGUGGACGACAUCUGCUUUGACUACGCUAUGAAAAACGUGGAGCAGAACAGCCUGUCUGACCUCAUUAAAGUGGUCAAAGUCCCUCAGAAGACUUUACUGAUGGACGCCUUGAAAGAAGAGACAGAAAUAGUGUACGACUUCUGCAUGUGCAACCCUCCUUUUUUUGCCAAUCAGCUUGAAGCAAAGGGGGUAAACUCCAGGAACUCACGGCGACCUCCUCCCAGUUCAGUGAACACAGGCGGGGUGACGGAGAUCAUGGCGGAGGGCGGGGAACUGGAGUUUGUCAAGAGGAUCAUUCAUGACAGCCUGCAGCUAAAGAAACGCUUGCGGUGGUACAGCUGCAUGUUGGGGAAGAAAUGUAGCUUGGCACCUUUGAAAGAAGAGCUGAGGAAACAAGGGUCUCCUCCCAGUAAGAAGCGUAAACUGGAGAAGGCGAAGAAGCCGCUUUCCUUCGUACUGCCUAAGGCGGGACUGAAGGAGCUGCAGGCCAAAGCCAAGGCUUUAGGCGGCGCUGCCCGCGGCGGCCCGGUGGACAGCAUCGGUGCUCUGCUGGAGAAAACACUCUCUGACCUGAGGGUGAUACACAAACGAGUCCCAUGCAGUAAGCAGGAGCAGAGUCUCCUCCUCACAGCUGUGGAGAACACCUGGAUCCACUCACGAGAGAAGAGACGUGAGGGCUCGCGUCAGCUGCGAGAGCUUCCCCGUGCUCCUCACCGCGCUGCAACCAGCUCUGCAACCAGCUCUGCAACCAGCUCUGCAACCAGCUCUCAGACCCCUCUGACCACAGCUGCUCCUGCAACAAACCCCACAUUUCAAAACCAGUCCUCUAAAAACAGCACCACCCCCCAGGUGGAAGGUGCUCAAAACAAAGCUGGGUCUGCACAGGAGCCAGAGAGGGCAGAGAAUGGCUCCUCUUUAAAGGAGACAAGUCAAGAUGUGAAGCUCAAUCCAACUGCAGAACAGAAAGACGUGUUGGAGGAUGUAUCAGGUGAAGACAUGGAGUUGUCUACCUGCUCAGAGACGGGGCAGGAAGCAGGCCCACAGGAAGCACCGGUCCCAGCGCAGGAACCGCCCUCUAAGCGACCCAAGAGCCCCGCCGCCCCCGAACACUUCCUGUUUAAAUGUCUGCUGAACGUGAUGAUGGAGGAGUGCGACGUGGUGAUCGAGAUGCACUGGGUCGAGGGUCAGAGCAGAGACCUGAUGAACCAACUGUGCACAUACCUGAAGAACUCCCUUUUAAGGUGUAUUGCGAAGCCGUAAAUGAGCAGAAAUAUUUUUUUAUUGGAUUAUUGAAUUCCUUUGGUUUGUUCCAAAGAUAAUCCACAUUAUUUUAUGCUAUGUACUAGGUCAGUUUACCUUGUAAGACAAACUGUAUAUUGGUGUUUUGAGUUAUAAUAUGUCUAAACAUUUGCAAUAAAUGUGACUUUCUUUUU